GUUAGUUUCCAGGAAGUAAGUCGUGUGACAACACGCUCAGUCUAAUGCUCGUUUUCUUCUGGUCAGUUUACUUGCAUUUAUUUUUGUAACUCUCCUAGCCAACAGUACCGUUAGCAUUCAACCUCUAGCGACAUGGGGGAAGAAGAAGAAAAAUAUGACGGCAUGUUGCUCGUCAUGGCCCAGCAACACGAAGGAGGAGUGCAGGAGCUAGUGAACACAUUUUUCAGUUUCCUGCGACGCAAGACUGAUUUCUUCAUAGGCGGAGAUCCAGGAGCUGCAGAAAAGCUGGUUAAAGAGAGCUUCGAUCACCACAGCAAACUGGCCCUGAAAGCCCACAAAGACAAACAAGUGAAACAGGAGAAGGAAAAGAAAGAGAAAGCAGAACGAGCUGCCAAGCUCGCUGAGGAGGAGAGGAAAAAGAAGAACCAAGACGGACCAAGAAUUCAGGAGCUGACAGACGAGGAAGCAGAGAAGCUACAGUCUGAGCUGGACAAGAAGAAGAAAGAGGAGGAGAAAAUAAAGAAUGAAACGACAAAUGAAGAGAAGACGUCUGACAAAGUAGAGAAGGGGUCUGACUCAGAGACGGAGGAGGAUGAGAAGGACAAAGAUAAACUGAAGCCUAAUUCAGGAAACGGAGCCGACCUUCCAAACUACAAAUGGACUCAAACGCUGUCAGAAGUAGAUAUCGCUGUGCCUUUUGAUGUAAAGUUCCGUAUCAAGGGCAGAGACGUAGUGGUGGACAUCCAGCGUCGCUCCAUCAAGGUCGGUCUGAAGGGUCAUCCUCCCGUCAUAGAAGGUCAGCUUUACAAUGAGGUGAAGGUGGAGGAGAGCUCCUGGCUCAUCGACGACGGCAAAGUGGUUACUGUCCACCUAGAGAAGAUAAAUAAAAUGGAGUGGUGGAGCAGGAUUGUUACCACAGAUCCAGAAAUAAACACCAAGAAAGUCUGCCCUGAAAACUCCAAGCUGUCAGACCUGGAUGGAGAGACGCGUGGAAUGGUGGAGAAGAUGAUGUACGACCAGAGGCAGAAAUCUAUGGGGCUGCCCACAUCUGAAGAGCAGAAGAAACAAGACAUCCUGAAGAAGUUCAUGGCUCAGCACCCAGAGAUGGAUUUCUCUAAAGCCAAAUUUAGCUGAAAAUGGCUGCUGGCCGUCUACUCCACGUCCUGUUUCAUGAUGGAUCCUGUUGGAGCCACCGCUGGGCACUGAACCAUCAUUUCCUUAAUGAUACGGUUUCUUUAACCCCUCAGUUCUUCAGUUCAUGUGUUUAUUUGCUGCAGAGUCUGUUUGAUCAAUGUGAGCUCAGCGAUGCAUCUCUGCAUGUGGUAUCUGAUAUUUAAAGAUGUCCAUUUUCUUUUUUUAAUAAAUCGAUUUAA